AUGGGCCACAGAAGGAGCGCCAGCCGCUUGUUACGGCACCGCCCAAGGGCCCCGAGCAGCAGCGCAGCCGAUGCAGCAGCAGCAGCAAGUUGCGGGUCUGAGGUUCCUGCUGCAGCAGAGCAGAAUCUAUCAGGGAAGCGACAGCCGCGGUGGAUUCGUUUCCUCGCUCGCAGACUACGGUGUAUAUACGUCAAGGAAGAGAGACGCACAGCAGAAUGGUGUCAGAGUGCAGCAGCACAACGCCCAACCCAUGUUAGCCGUCGCCGCCGCCUUCGCCUUCGACGCCGCAGAAGGGCUGGGGGCCCCCAGGAGGCCCUCGAGAGCGGGAAGCAGCAGCAGUGGCAGCAGGGAAGGCUUCAAGAGGGGACCCUGGGCAUCUUUAUUCCAGAGGAAGCGGAGCUGCAGGCCACAAGAGCAGUAGCAGCAACUGCUGCUGCAGCUGCUGCAGCAGCAGCAGCUGCUGCUGCUGCUGCAGCCGCAGCUGUUGCAGAGGAGAGGAGCGCGGCUGGUACAGGUAAAGGAACUACCAGCAGCCCCACUCGUUAUAGCAGCAACAAGAGCGAGAGCUGCGGGUGCAUGCACUCAACCACUGCAGACGCUGCAGCGGGCCUUGUGCAUGCAGCAGAAGGCCUGACGGGUAGCAGCCCUAGCGGUGCUGGGGGAGAGGAGCGGCUGACGUCAAUCUGCGCAGUGAGCAGCGUUAUAGAUUCAGGUGUACAUGCAGCGCAGCAAGAAGCAACUCAACCUGUGGAUAACUUCAGUACAGAGAAAACAGAGAACAGCUCAGCGACGUCGGGCGUUCUGCUGCCUGCUGUAGACUCUGUGACGGACGCUGCAGCACCAGUAACCACAGCAGCAGCAACAGCAGCAACAGCUGCAACUGCUGCAACUGCUGCUUCCGCUUCUGCUGCUGCUGUGGCUGCUGCAUCUGCUCCUGUUGCUGUGCUGCCUCCGCCUCCGCUUCUUGAAGCAAGCAGCAGCGGGGGCUCGCCUGUGGGCCUAUGGCCGCUGAUGUCUGUUGAUAGUCUGGGGGCUUCAGAGGAUGUCAGUCGUUUGUUUGCGUUGUUAGAGGAGCAGCGUCUGCGUUUUAAUUCGCUGCAGCAGCAAGCAGCAGCUUGUGCAGCAGGGGAGGCCUUCAGCUGGGACAGAAGACAGGAGGCGCAGCAGCUCUCAGCGCUGCUAGUGAGUGCUGCUGUGCACUCUAUGCUGGGGCCUGCGAGUCAUAUGCCUUGUGUUCAUUCUCACGACGGCAUUCAGGUCUGGAAGGGAGAGUCUGGAGUGGGCAGCUUGGCUUGCAGAGCACGUUUCCUCUUGCCUAUUGAACCCCGUCGCUAUGCAAUGUUUGCAAGCAAUGCUGAGCUGCGGCUUUCGUGGGAUAAGAGCGUUUCUGAACAACACGUAGUGGAGCAGCUGGAUGCAGGACAUGAUAUCUGCUACGUAGCAUUCAGACGCUUGGCUACGGUGUAUCCUCGCGAUGUAGUGACCCUCCGAGUGAAGUGCAGACUCAAUAUGCGCCCUGCAGUCGCAAGCCCAGCCUCUGCUGCUGCUGCUGCUGCUGCUGCCUCUGGGUGUGGGGCUGGGGGCGGCAGCAGCGAUGCGAACGCGGGGCUGCUGCAGCAGCAAGAAGGCCUCCAAGGGCUCAUCACCAGCACUGGCGGAGUCGCAGAAGAUGCAGAGGAAGAGGAGACGGCCUAUGGCUCUAUGAGCUGCUCUAUUCAUCACCCCGAAGUGCCUGAAGCGUGA